GCUUCGCAUUACUCAGCUUACUUCAAAAGAAAAAUGGAGGAGGAUAAGAGCAACGCUGUAGCAGAUAGCAGCCCGCUUCUCUGUCACCAAACGGUAGUGUCAAACGCAUGCGACCAGCCAGACGCAAGUGUCGAAGAUGAUAUGGACAAGAAACUGGACAUCAGCUCUGAAAAGUUUGACCCGCUGCUCGCCUUGUAUUCCCCGAAGGUCCCGCUGCCCUAUCCCAACAUCAGGUGCUUUAAUAACAUCGCUGAAUACGAGAGCUUUAUGAGAGGCGGUCGCGGCAGAGCAAAGCCCGAAAAUGUGGAGAAAAGGCUCAGGAAGGCGAGAAAGGGCGUAAAAGACCCAGAAAGAAUCGAGAGGUUGAAAAAGCUCAUGGUAAACAAUCCAGUUGAGGGAGAAGAGGGUGGAGCGAAACGAGCUCUCGGAAAGCAGAAAGCUCGUAAAAAUGUUCUGACAAGGAUGCCCAUGCAUGAAGGCAGUCCUUUAGGAGUACUGAACCGGUGUGUUCAGGGGAGGAUCAGAGUCAAGGUUCACAUUAGAACCUUUAAGGGACUUCGGGGAGUAUGCGCUGGCUUUGUAGUGGCCUUUGACAAGUUUUGGAACCUGGCAAUGGUGGAUGUUGAUGAAACCUACAGGGAACCCUUACUUGGCGAAGCUUUCUAUCAUGAAAAGGCACUGACUGUCACAAGGCUUUUCCAAAAGUUACAAAUGCUGGAAAACCAGGAGAUUAGUGCAGUUGAAAAGGAUUCUGGGAAAGCAGCAGCUAAGAUCUCAGAACCAGAUGAGCUGGGGAGCGAAGUGCAUCAUCAGACCACAAGCAGCAUUAGGACGGUGCAAGAUCCCAAACAAGCACCAGAAGGACCAGGAACGUCUCGUCGAUCUGACACUAGCUCGGCUCGGAGACAGAAGGUUCCUAAACCAAAAGUGGAGUAUGGAAGAGUGUGUACACGUCACGUGAAUCAGCUUUUUAUUCGUGGAGAAAAUGUUCUCCUUGUGAAUAUUCAGCAAGAAUUAUGACAGUUCAUUCUUCAUGUUUUAUGAAUGGUCAUUGCUUGUAAGAGCACAUGUAUGAGGUGUCAGUGAGUCACUAAUGCAUCAUAUUGUAUCAUAUUGAUAUGUCUUGAGUCCUGCUUGUAGAGGUGGGGAAAAAAAGUUAAAUAUCUGUUGCAAUCACAUAUUAAUUAAGUGUUCACCGUACAGUGUUCCACCACAAUUUGAUCUUAAACACAAUUUGACUACCACAUUUCACUUUUAUUUCUCUCUCUCUCUCUCUCUCUCUCUCUCUCUCUCUCUCUCUCUCUCUCUCUCUCUCCCCUUGCGUUCACUUGUAUUUACUCAAAUUGUCCACUAGGUGGAGAUAUAAAACCAAUACUUGGCGAGCCUUGACUCCUCCUACUGACAAUAAAACUAGCAAUCCAAAUGUA